AUGUCGACGUCACUACCGACCCCGCCAUCUGGAGGUCCAUCUGCAUCGGCCUCCCAACCGCAACACUCUGGCUCGAAUACGGUAUCACAAGCAUUGACAGGGGACGUCGAUCCAUUCUUGACGGACGACCAAGAGGUAGAGGAGGAGGAGGAGGAAGAGGAGGAGGAAGAAGAGGAGGAGGAGGAGGAGGAGGAGGAAGAGGAGGAAGAGGAGGAGGAAGAAGAGGAGGAGGAGGAGGAGGAGGAGGAAGAGGAGGAAGAGGAGGAAGAAGAGCGCCAGCCUGCACAAACACUAGAUUCCUAUGGCACACCACGAUUCCCUACAUCACCAAGGCUUGACCCUUCAUCACCUCGCAACUUUUCGACAAUAUCGUCCUUAUCUGGCUCCAGAGAACUCGGACGACCAGUGCUAGAGAUGACCACCAAGAUGUUCACUGCCAGCUCGUCAAACCCUACAGCUCAGUCUGGGACCUCAGCAAGUCCCCUGCAGCUUGCAACUUCAACGUCAGAUGAACCUGAACUCGAUUCAAUCGAACCAGCUCCAACUGAUAUCGCCUUUCAUGCCGAGCCACAAGGCUUGAUGCAGAUGCUCAGCCUUGUCGGCAGUACCUUCUUCGAAGCUGACCGCGAAGGCUUUGUGGAAGACGAAGCAGAGGAGCAAGACACACAGUCACAGCGACAUCGUUCGGCACCUCUUUCGGAUCAGCCCUGCGGAUCUGCCAAUGCGUCGCCGGAAGGAGGAGCUCAAUCAUCCGACAUGAGUGUUGGACGGCAUCGUUUCGAUCCAGCAUCUCUGACUUCGGGCAAAGGAAGAUUACAUGCACUCGCCCGUGAUGAUGGCUCCGACGACGGCUCCACGCCGCAAGGUAGUAGGUCGCCACUUGAUGCAUCUGUCCUUACAAUUGGGCCAAGCCGCGCAAAGCGGGCUUCGUUGACGCAGAGCGACAUCAUCGGACAAUCGCUAGACUCCACAACAUCGACAGCUCGAGGCGGAAGGAGAACCUCCCACCUCAGAUCACAACUCCACAACGUAUCCACUGCAUCCAUCUUUGCCUCGACAUCACAGCUAGGAGAUAGGCAUUACGCCGCUGCUGCAACGCAGUCACAGCACGCUACCAGCAGUCCGGUCGAUCAAGACUCGACAGCCGCCCCAAGCAUUCCCUUCAGCGAGCAAGGCACAUCUUCGGAGCUACAUUCUACAUCGCAGCCAUCUACCCAGCAUGGGCCCGAUCCGCUCCUAAUUCGACCGUACACUGAUUCGCAGUCUCCCGUGGCCGAAAGUAGAGCAGCCAACGCUAAUCAAAACCGAGAUCGUCUACUACAACAGCUCAAGGAGGUCUUUCAACUGGAGGCAGCAGAGACGUUGCUCCUCGCUCAGCCCUGCUGGCUCUUCCGCUCGCUGCUUCUGCAAGGUCACCUGUACCUCGCCAGUGGGCACAUCUGCUUCUACGCCUAUCUUCCUUCUCGCGAUGAGAAGACCAUCAAAACCGGAUUGCUCGGCAAGCGCACACGCAGGACACAUCGCUUCAGCAGGCAUUGGGCUUUGCUGAAAGGUGGCAAGCUGAGCUGGUUUGACAGUGACCGAGACCCCUACUUCCCACAAGGACACAUCGACCUACGCAAAGUGUCAGCAAUCGAGCCUUCCCAGAACCACAAAGAACGAUUCAAGGUGACCACACCUGCACGCCGAUUCACCUUCCUGACCGAGGACGAACAUAGCCGUGAUGCAUGGAUUGCAGCCUUGCAGAAGGAAACGUUCCGCGCUCAGAACCAAGGUGAAAGUGUCAGGAUCAGCAUCCCGCUCGAGACCGUCAUGAACGUCGAAACGACCCUGUCUGUCGACGGUACAGAGAUGGUCUGCAUCAGUGUGGUGGACGAGGCUGGCGACUUUUCUGUAGACGAAUACUACUUCCUCCAUCUCAGCAAACCGAGUGCAUUCAUUUCCACGCUCGGCUCUCUACUCGACAAUGCUGAAAGAGGAUCGAUGGCGUCUUUGCAGAGCGGAGAGCAGGCUCUCAACCUUUCGAGGCUAAGCAUCCGCGAUUCUACCGGAGCCACGCAUGCUGUGUCGGCGACGUCCCGCAAGUCACUCGAGGAGGUGCCAGUUGUUGCACAUGUACGCGUCUCAGCCUCCCAGGCGGUCGUUGACACAAAGAAAGCUCAAGCUGAAUCUGCGCAGGAUGUUCGGCCCGAUGCUGCAAAGUCGGCGAAGGGCACGCAGGACAGCGUGUCGGCCGCAAUUGCGAUGCCUAUCAGCAGCAGAAGGAAGUCGCAAGACGCAUCCGCUGAUGCCGUUCUUUCCACCACGCCACGUGCCGCGACACUCAACCGCUUGUCCAUGGAGUCCUCACAUACCUAUCCGCCGUCACCGUCCAUCUCCGAUCCUCCGACAUCGUUCGACCAGAUCCAGAGGGAAACAGAGCGCGGCUGGGCGAUCCCUAAUUGGCUCAAGUCAGCGCCGGGCAAGGUGCUGGGACGCGCUGCCGACAGCCACUUCCCAACGUCAGCCAUCAGACCAGCAGCCAAUCCCUCGUCCAGCAGACGCCAUCGCAGAGUCCUCGAGAAAUGGUCAGACGAAAAGACCGACGAAGCAAGCAGAGAAAGCUCCAGCACUGACACGGAAGACGAUGUGCUCUCCCACUCGAUCCAUUCAACGCAAUCCACCUAUUCGAUGCUGGAUGCGGACGACCAAGGGGAGAAACAGCAGGAUCAGGCCGACAUCACUGCCGAGUUCCGCGACACUUUCGGCAUUGACGAAGAAGAAAGUCUCAUCGGUCAUACGCAUGCGUACCUCUAUCGAGUCUUGCCUGUGGCUGGACGCUUCUUCGUCUCCGAGCACCAUCUCGCAUUCCGCUCGUCUGGAAUCGCAGCCAAGACAGUGGGUCGGACGCUCAUGCUUGUGCCUUUGCAAGACAUCAUCUCGGCUGCCAAGCAUGUUGCGUUUAGACCCGGCCACCACGGCAUGGUCAUCAACAUUAGCGGUCAUGAAGAGCUAUUCGUCGAGAUCUCCUCUACACACCGACGAGACGAGCUAUUGUCAUUGAUCGAAUAUCAGCUCGAGCAGGCAAGGGAUGGACGAGGCAGCAGAGCAUCCCGAGAAGCAGUCACUCGCGAACGCUCCAACGCGCUCGUUUUACGCGACUUGAGCGAGCGCAUCAAUGACGGACCCGCAACAGCUUCGAUGGCUUCUUCGGCUGACUCGUCGAUGAUCUCACAGAAGGGCUCUGAGCUUGGUAAAUCGAGCAGCCUUUCGCACAUGGAUGACGGUUCUGGUUUGCUGUCGUUUGCUCCGACUCAGCCCCUUACCUUUACUAUGCUGACCAUUGGUUCGAGAGGUGAUGUCCAACCGUACAUCGCACUCGCAAAGGGCUUGCAAGCAGAUGGUCAUCGAGUGAGAAUCGCAACCCAUGCCGAGUUUGGGGAUUGGAUCAUCGGUCAUGGUAUCGAUUUCAGCGAGAUUGGCGGUGAUCCUGCUGAGCUCAUGCGGAUCUGUGUCGAGAAUGGCACCUUCACCGUCUCUUUUCUACGUGAAGGAGUGACUAGGUUCCGCGACUGGCUCGACGAUUUGUUAGCAUCAGCGUGGAGAGCGUGCCAAGGUUCCGAUGUGAUCGUCGAAUGUCCUAGUGCCAUUGCGGGUAUUCAUGUGGCUGAAGCAUUGCAAGUGCCCUACUUCAGAGCUUUUACUAUGCCUUGGACACGCACAAGAGCGUAUCCACACGCAUUCGCAGUACCCAACAAGAAAGCGGGUGGCAACUACAACUACAUGUCAUACGUCAUCUUUGAUCAGAUGUUCUGGCGCGCCUCCUCUUUCCAGAUUAAUCGAUGGAGGAAGAAUCUUCUAGGACUCAAACCGACCAACUUUGACAAGCUCGAACAGCACAAAGUGCCGUUCAUCUACAACUUCAGUCCUAGCCUAGUCCCACGACCGCUGGAUUGGUUCGAAUGGAUCCACGUCACAGGGUUCUGGUUUUUGGACAACCCGGAUAACUCUUCCAGCAAGAAAUGGGAGCCGCCUUCCGAUCUGGUCUCUUUCAUCCGCCGUGCAAGGGAAAGCAAGAGAAAACUAGUGUACAUCGGAUGGGGAUCAAUCGUAGUCCCCGACGCAGAAGCUAUGACGCGAUGCGUCCUUCAAGCAGUCCAAAAAGCAGGAGUUUGUGCUAUUCUCUCCAAAGGUUGGUCCGACCGCUUAUCGACCGACCCCAAGAAAGGAUCUGCGACACGACUCGAUCCUGGCUUGGUGGAAGACGUAUUCCAAGUCACCUCUGUUCCGCACGAUUGGUUGUUCCCGCAAAUCGAUGCUGCAUGUCACCACGGUGGUGCGGGGACACUUGGUGCGAGUUUGAGAGCCGGGUUGCCGACGGUUGUGAAACCGUAUUUCGGGGAUCAGUUCUUCUGGGGUCAGCAAAUUGAGAGUUUGGGUGUGGGGAGUUGUGUGAGGAAGUUGACGGCAGAUGGGUUGGCAGAGGCACUGAUAAAGGCAACCAGCGAUGGGAAACAGAUUGAAAGGGCAAGGAAUUUGGGGGAACAGAUAAGGAGUGAAGAUGGGAUUGGGAAUGCGGUCAAGGCGAUUUAUAGGGAUUUGGAUUAUGCGAGGAGUCAGGUUAAGAGGGGUACGAGGAUUGAUGGUCGUAGUGCGCCAAGCAAUGCGGCUACACAGAGUAUACCGGCAAGUGCAGGAGGAAGCGCAAUGGCGGCAGGCAAACCGGAGGAAGGUGGUGUCGAGCCGAAGGUAGCAACAAAGCAGAAGAAGGAGACUUCAGCAGUCACAGCCGAUUCGAGUCAAGGAUCAGAGGAAGCCAACGAAGAAGGUCAUACCUCAGACGAGUGGUCAGACAUCGGCGGACCGCUAAGUCCUGAUGUUGACAGUCGGUCAGAUCCAAGCGCUUCACUUGUUCUCAGCUGA